AUCCCUCAAAUCAAAUCAUGGAGCAACCACGAACGCACCUCGUUCCAGGGCCAACUAUCGUUCCACAACGCCUUAAGGACUUGUAUAGCAACUCAUUCUAUGGAAGUGGAGACCUGGAGCCUGAGUGUCUGAAAGUCUACAACGAGUGCUGCUCUAGACUACAGAAAUUGCUGUCGUUUGAGCCUCACCAACAAAAACAAGCUGAUAGUGAUGAUGGAUCGAUUGUGAUCAUGUCUGGUGAGGCAAUGGCAGGCCUUUGGGGAGGACUCAAGUCUUUGAUACCCUGGGUAUACGAUUAUGAUGCCAAAGGGGAUCUCGUCUUCUCCAAAGACUUGUUUGCUAAUAAGUAUAGGGUUCUCUGUAUUGGUAAUGGUGUGUAUGGCGAUGGUAUAUAUGACAUGGUGCGUAGCCUGAGAUAUCCAAAUGUGGAGGUCAAGGCUGCCCAAGGCCCAUGGGACCAGCCCGUCAACGUCGAACAAGUUUUGGAAACUAUUCAUCAAUGGAAACCAGACCUCGUAACAAUGGUACAUUGUGAUACUCCUACUGGAGUGCUGAACACGGAAGCGGUACGUAUGAUCGGUGAAGCUUGUUCCAAAGCAGACGCAUUGUUCUAUGUCGACAUAGUUAGCUCUGCAGGAGCGACUCCAAUCGAGGUUUCUGCCUGGAACAUCGAUAUUGGCUUGGUUGGUUCCCAAAAGACAUUCUCAUGCGAGCCCUCGCUAGCAGUUAUCACAGUGAGCAGUAAAGCAUGGAAGCAGAUAAAGAAGGUAGCAUAUAUAGGGUAUGAUGCGCUAUUACCAUUCAAGACCUUAGAGAAGGAAUUCCCUUAUACACCUUUGUGGUCGGCAAUAGAUGCGCUCAAUGAGCAGCUCAAAGCAACUUAUGGAGAAAACAACGAGCACGUCCAAGAAGUUUAUGCUCGCCAUGAGGAAGUCGCCAAGUACUGUCGCGAGCGUGUGAAAAAGAUGGGUCUGCAGCUCUGGUGGGACCAAGAGCGUGUCUCUUUGAACUCACCUUCUGUUACUGCAAUCCGUGUGCCUGAAAAUACGACUUGGGAGGAGCUUGACAAAAAGCUGCGUAAUGAAGGCGUUCUUUUAGGUGGAAGUUAUGGUCAAACUGCGAAUGCAAUCUUUAGAAUAGGGCACAUGGGGACGCAGGCUGAUCUUAGGAUUGUCACCUAUGCACUUGACGCUCUGGAGAAGAUUAUCAUGCAAGAACAAUGAG